AUUCAUAACAGACAGCUCUGCUGAGCAAGUGCAUAAAUUAAAAGACCAAAACAAACUGAAAGAAAGCUAUUUUCCGGUCUGAAAAACCUCAAGCAGAAAAAAAGUUUUGAUUUUUUCAAGGAAGGAAAUCCGAUUAUGGACGCCGACGAGAAAUUGACGGCGUUGAAGAAGGCAUAUGCUGAUAUAAUAUUGGGGAUAUCUAAGGAGGCAGCGGCGAGGGUUAUGGCCUCGGAGAAGAAGUCAGUAAGGUUUCAGCACGAGCUGAAGGCCACGAAGGAGGAGGGCGUGCGAAUGCUGAUGCGUCUCAAGCAUAUGAUGGAUGCUCAGAAUAGUGAAGCUGAAGCAGCAGCCUUGCAUCAGCAGAAUAAGAUUGAUGAGCUCGAAGCUCAACUUCAGGAAGCUGAAGAUAUUGUAAGAGAUCUCAGAGACGAGUUGGCAGACGUGCAAGCUGAACUGGAAAGGACGAAGAGCGAAAGUUCACAUCACGUAGUUAAGCCCAAUAGUGCUUGUUCGGUGGAAAUGCCGGCAGAUGAUAAAAUUUCUUCAUACCAAUCCUAUGAAUACCUUCCUCCUAAUAAAUCUUCUGUAGCUGUUGGUGCAACAGUUCCAUAUUCGGUCCAGAGAAAUGAAUGCCACAAAUGCUAUACCAAGAUAGCUUGCACAUGUGGUGCGUAUAUUAGGAACCGAGAUUUGCCUUCUAUAAUAUUAAGAGGCAAAGAUUCUGGGCGCUACAGAAAUGGAUGUACACAGAGAAUCCGUGCAUGUGAAAGGAAUCAUUUAGGUAGGGAUUUGUGUCUCUCGGAGGAAACAGACAAAGCGACAGACAAGAAGAAUGGUACGGAGCAGAUGGAAGGUAGACACUCAUCUGAGGGACCGGCUUCCGGGGGUAAAAUUCUGAGUGAACUUGAGAAGAAACUAUUGGCAGAAAUCAACCUCGGCACCUUUCAAUCCUUUCGUCAGAAAAGGAAGAGAGCUGCUAGACGAAGAAAAGUGAUAAAAUCGUUGGCAGGGAAAGAGCAUUCUCUGUUGCAAAAGCCCGGUCAGUUGCCUGCACAUUCGGAGACCAGGGACGGUAUUCCAGCAAAUGUGAGUGCUGAAAAUCCUUCUGAGUUAGGUCCAAGAUCGUUGGGAGAUGAAGCUGAACAGCAAACCCAGCAGGGAUGUACAAAAGCCACUGAGGAUAACUCAAAGAUUGUGGAACUUUGUGAUUCAGCAGUGCCGAUGGAUGGAGGAGUGAACGAGAAAAUUAUACCUUUGGAGUUGAUAGCUGGGUGUUUGGAGAGUUUGCCUACCGAUGGUAAAACGGAUGUAGGAAAAGAGGAUGUGCCAUCUCAUAGUUUAGAAUCGAAUUCUUUUGAUAUCACUAAAGGUCUUUCCAGCCGACCUGCUAGGGAAAGAAUAUUCAAAUACACAUUUCAAAGGAAACGGAAGAGAGAAGCUUUGGUUGUAUCUGAAGUGAAUGGCUCUUGUGAGACUGAGAAGAAAAUCCGAGACGAGCAAAUUGGUGACCUGAAGCAGGAGCAAUCCAAGCUGAGCUUGUUAAAGGAGUCAUCACGAGACCGUAGGCGACUAGCUCAAGUUGCUCGACAGCUUAUAUCUUUGUCGGAGAAGAAGUGGUGGCGCUGAACGUGGCUUUCGGGUCAGAAAUGUCUGUAAUUUAGCAGGUUUGGCUGCGGAAGGUGUAGUGUUAGAUGGUAAAGGAAAACUGAGUAAGAAAGAAAUGUGGAGGUUAUGGUCUCCCAUUAGUAGUUUAAUCAGUAACAUAAAUUAACUUUUAACUAAUCAUUUUAGACCUUCCAUUUACUACCAGUCUUCUUCAUUUCUCA